AUGUUUCUCCCCGGCGACGACUCCAAGACCGACUCAGAUGCCAAAGCGGGACAAGAACAGCAACAAUCCACCGAGACAAAGGACAAACCAGAGUCAACGCAAGGUGCUGUGCGAUUUGCUUCGGAAAAUGAAGAAAUAGAUCCUUUGGACGAGUCGAGGCGUCUUUCCCAAGCUGGUGGAGUGAAGAAUGAGGAACUCAGCCCCGAGGCACAUGAACAGAUCAGGAAUUUGGCCAUGUCUCUACAAAAGUCACGGUUGCAGGAAAACCGCAUGGCAAAUUUUGCCUACGAAACGGUGUCUAUGCCUCCCUCACGGGUCCCUUCAAGAGACAGUGAGACGCCCGGUACUCCUCGUGGCUCGAUAAGACAAGGCCACGGCUCCAUGUCCUCUGCCUUUCAAUCUCCUCCCUUGACACCGCAUGGCUCAAAAGACGGGAAGCAAGACUCGGUUGCUGCAGGACGUGGCCAGCAAGGCCAGCACGCGAUAACUCCGCAAACAUCUCCACCUCCAGACUCACAGGGCAAGGGACUAUCUCAGUCCAUAUCGCCUUCUCAUCCUGUCUCUCCCCCUCAGUCCUCCGAACAAGCCCCGGGGAAGCCGGAACAAGCGCAUGAGAGGCGUAUUGCCAAAUUUGAGAUUGGUCCCUCUGAAUCUGCCAGCCCAGUGGACCAGAGUCCCGUUGGAACACCCAAGCUUCGACCUUCCUCCCCACAGCCAGCUACUCAACAAAAGCCGCCUGAGCCGCGACAUUUCGGAAGCAUUGGAAGAGGCUCCCUGGCCCCGGCUAUUGCGGCGGCAGCAGAGCGGAUACCACGACAAUCAAGUUCUACCGAUCUUUCUGAGAAGCGUGGGUCAAUAUUUGGAUCAAACAAGAAAGAUCCGUAUUCCCACGUCACUGGUGACAGUGGCAGCGACAAGAGUGGCUUAGACGGGAGGAAACAUGGGUCCAUGUCUGAACUAAAGCGAUUCUUCAGGCUUGGUCACGGCCAUAAGAAGCACAGCAACCAAUCAGACUCACUGGCAUCGACUGUACCAGCCUCGCGUAAGUCCAGCCAAAGGUCGGGAACCAGGACGCCUCCCCACCAAGCUCCACCGUCCAAUGUACCAUUUAUGGACGACCACAGCCUUGAAGCAAAGUAUGGGAAAUUCGGCAAGGUUCUCGGCUCUGGCGCGGGCGGCUCUGUGAGGUUACUCAAGCGAAGCAGCGAUGGAGUCACCUUUGCCGUCAAACAAUUCCGAGAGAAGCAUUCCUGGGAAAGCGAGAAAGACUACUCCAAGAAAGUCACAGCAGAAUUCUGUAUCGGCUCAACACUGCAUCACGGCAACAUUAUCGAAACUAUGGACAUCAUCCAGGAAAAUCAUCGGUGGUACGAGGUGAUGGAGUACGCCCCCUACGAUUUAUUUGCCAUUGUGAUGACGGGCAAGAUGAGCAGAGAGGAAAUUGCAUGUUCUUUCCUCCAGAUUGUCAAUGGUGUGAGCUAUCUGCACAGCAUGGGGCUCGCACAUCGCGAUCUCAAGCUGGAUAAUGUGGUGGUAAGCGAGCACGGCAUAAUGAAGCUGAUCGACUUUGGGAGUGCUACAGUGUUCAGGUAUCCUUUUGAGAACGAAAUUGUGCUGGCUUCAGGAAUUGUUGGAUCAGAUCCUUAUCUCGCCCCGGAGGUGUACGAGGAAAGGAAGUACGACCCAACAGCCACGGAUAUCUGGUCUUUGGCAAUCAUCUUCUGCUGCAUGUCUCUUCGCCGCUUCCCGUGGAAACAGCCACGACUUGUUGACAACUCGUACAAACUAUUCGCUUCUCCGCCUACACCGGGAACGCCUGUCCCAGAUUCACACCCCCGCAAAUCUUCGCAUCUAAGUCCAAGCGAAGACAACGCUUCGCGACAAAAUGCCGAUGCCAACGGCAGUGCUAAUGCUUCGUCGCAUCAUCAUCAUCACCACUCGGAAAGCGUGGAUGAAGCGCGGCCUUCGACAUCCGGUGGGGACAAGCAAGAAGUGAUCAAAGGCCCAUGGCGACUCCUUCGCAUUCUUCCGCGGGAAAGCCGUCACAUCAUUGGCCGCAUGCUCAAAAUUGAUCCAGCCGAACGAGCGACGAUGGAAGAAGUGCUUGAGGACGACUGGGUAUUGAGCGCAAGGGUCUGUUAUCAAGAAGAGAAUGGAACUGUUCAUCAUGCAGAAGGCCACACCCACGUUUUGGAAGCCGGAUCCGGUGGACCUCCGCCAGCCAAGUAG